AAAGUAGCACGCAGGCGGAUCCGCGCAAUGUGUUCUGUUUAACAUUGAUUCGGUACAAUAAAAAUCUAACAAUGGCCAGCAUAGUGGCAGCAUUUUCCGGUAUUUUCACAAAACCACGUUCACUAGCACUGCUCCAGUACACGAGCGUGCGCUUCCGGCGGAAACCACGCUGGCUGGGUACGGCCAAGAGCAAGCUGUUCCGUGUUCCGGAGCGCAAAAAGCAGAUCGCCGAAGAGGUGGAAGAAUUGAAACGGUUGUACAAUACCUACCGCACUCAGAUGAAAGCUGUCCGCAGUUUUCUGCGAGACGAAGUGGAAGCAUCGAAACUGGUCAGUCGUGCCGGUAUGGUACUGCAAACCCCGGAGGAAGAGGAAGCCGAAUGGCAGGAAGCGUUGCAGCGGAACGAUGAAUGGAACCGGCAAACGGCGGCGGUACGUGACGACCGGCUAGCAGCUGAAAGAGCAGCUCGAAAGGAGUACAUUUUGGAGCGGUUGGUCGCCAAAGAGCAUCGGGAAGCGGAUAAGAGAGAAAAGGUGGAGCAACUGGUCCGUGCCGAGAAGGAACAGUCGAAAACAUUCAUCACCCGUGAGAAUAUUGACAAAGCCAUCGAACUGGCACUGGUGCAACCGACUAGCUACAACUUUGCUCUAGAUCGUGACGGUAACAUUCAUCGCCAUGGCGAUACGUCUGCCACAGAGACCAACAAAGCCGACUAAAGAAGGGAAACGGUUUAGCAUCGUGUAUUUCAUGUAGAGUUCUUAAAUAAAUAUUCCCAAUCUGGGGAUGCGUUCAGCUUG